AUGAACGCUAUGAUUUGUCAACUCCAAGACCUACCGCCUUACAUGGAGUCCGAAUACAAGAGUUUCCAACCGUGGCGGGACUACAUGAAGCUAGCUGACCUAGUGCGGGAGAUGCAGUUAGGCAAGUUCACCCCAGAACCGUUAACCGUUGAGGGUCAUGACUCCGGGAUAUGCUCGACCAUGGUGGAAUUUGAAGAGUUCCCGCCGCGAGCCUUGCUGUCACCGAUAACACCUGUGGCGACACCACCACUAUGGCACGAAAUGGAACCCCUGGAUUCCGAAAUCGUCCUCUUGCAUGAAGACGCUCCUUUAUGGCCGAGCAGCACCGAGGGUCCCGAGCCCCCUACAGCAGCGUCCAGAUCCCCCGCGGGCACCCGGGGCCAGAGGGAGAGAGAGAAAGCGACCCGCUCCAAGACGCCGGAGGAGGUGCCAUCACCCGAGCGUCAGUUCUGCAGCUUCUGUAAACACAACGGGGAGUCAGAGUCUGUGUUUGGGUCCCACACUCUAAAGGACCAGGAUGGGGAUGUGGUGUGCCCGUACCUGCGGCAGUAUAUCUGUCCUCUCUGCGGGGCCACCAAGGCCCAAGCCCACACCAAGCGCUUCUGUCCCCGGGUGGAAAACACCAACUCUGUCUACGUCAAGUGAUAGAAGCGCUAGCUCUGGUCCAGGCCGUUACUGCGCUCCCCUCUAGACUUACUAACAGAGGCAACUCGUUGUUGCGAGAUGGGUGGGACCAGAGCUAGAGAAGCACUGAGGAGACUGUUCAGGCUGUUGUGUUGGCGACUUCCUUUAGCGUCUCUGCGGACAAUUGUAAGAGG